CAGAAGAAACAAAUUUCACAAGUUGCACCGAAUAUCUUUGGACUGUAAAGAAUCCAGUGACAGCUACCAUAAAGUUCGAUGAUCCAGGAUUAAAAGGUAGUUUCUCUCUGUAUGAUAACAUGGAGGAUAGUGGAACUCAGAUAUCCGGACGUUUUGUUCGAGGAGUAAAGUUGAACAAACCUCAAUUGUACAAAUUCACUGCUCAUAUACAUUCUACAUGUGAUAAGAUUCACGAAAAUAAAUUUUUCGAGUUUGAUGUGAGUCAUAGUUUCUUGCCUAAAAAGUUCAAGGCUAUUACUGAUAGAAAGUUUGAGGCGUUUAAAACCACUUCGUUUAGUUGGUACUUUGGUUCCUCUAUUCCUAUUGCAGUUGUGAUACAUUAUAAGCCAUCAAAUACAUCAAAGACUUGGCAUGUUAAAUCGUGCGCCAACUUGGUUGUGAAAAAUAAACGUAAGGAUAGAAAGGGUGGUAAAAUCUCGAUAAAAAAUAAUAAAGAUAAAACUUCGGCAAGAAAUAAAAAUAAAUCACGAAGAACUAAAGACCAUUAUAAAGAACUUCCAAAUUCAAAUCCAUCUCAAGUCGACGAAUAUAUUGUUGUAGAAGUAACAGAUGACUUUACACGAGGCAAAACUAGAUCCUGCAAGCAAGAUGAAUAA